AAUAAAAAACGAAGAUAUUGGGUUAUGUAUUAAAUUCAGCAUUUUUUUCAUGAAGAUUCUUGAUUCUUAUAAGACUAUUUAUAUUCUAAGAUGGCAAAGUUAUUAUCAUAUUACCGUUUAUGUCCACUAAUUGAUAGUAAAAGUUUAUUAGGAAUAUCUCACGAUUCUGAAAAAGGUUUUGUAAUUGUAACUUUGGGAAGAAAUAUUGUUAUAAAGUAUAGGCUCUCUGAUCAAAAACAAAUUUGUAGUUGGAGAACAAGAGAUAAAUUUAGUUCUCAAGUCUUAUAUGACAAAAGACUAGAAAAGUAUGUAGGUGUUUUUAAUAUAUCAUUUCUCCGAAUUUGGUCUAAUGAUGAUGAAAAUAUUGAUAAAAUAAAAAAAAUUAAGUUUACUCAACAAAUACAUAGUAUUUUGUCACAUAAUGAAGAGACAUAUAUUUUUUUUAAAGAUGGUUCAUUAUAUUCUUUGCGUGAAAUAUUAGAAAAUAAGAAGAAUUUUGUUCCUGAAAAGUUUCUUGUAGAUGAAUCUGUUCAUAAUAUUUUAUAUACAUCUGUAGGAGAAACUUUAUAUUUUGGCUAUUUAAUUAAAAGGAGGGACAAAUAUAUUUUUCAUUGGAGCAAAUAUACAAAUAAUUCAAAAAACAACUUUAAUGCAAUGCCUAUACAAAGAGAUCGACUGGAUUUAAAGGGUUAUGGAUUGCAUGUUGAAAAGAAUUUAGUAAUUUUCUUAUCAGUUUGGAGUGAUGGUAGAAUAUAUGCUCAACAUUUGAAAGAUAAAGAGAAUUAUGUAAAUUCUAGUGAGCUCUUCACUGUUAUAGAGCCAAUUUCAACUACACAUUUGGUUAAAAUGAUUGAUAUUGAUGAAAAUUACAUAGGUGUGUAUGGAGCAGACCCUAAUGAAGAAGGUGCAAUUUUAUUAAUAUACAAUACUCAAUUUAAGGUUAAUCAGUCCAAACAGAACCACAAGUUAUAUACAAAUGAUUCCAAAAUUUGGAGAAUAGAUGAAAAUAUUUUCUUACCUGUUGGUCAGAAUUUAGUUGUCGUUCCGUUUUGUCUAGAAUCUGAGCAGUUAGCAGCUUUAAUUGGAAGUCAUAAACCUUUGCCAUCUAAACCUGAUUCUGAUGUGAUAUUUGUUAUGGACUUUGAAGUUGGAAGUUGGCAAGACAAAAUUAAAUUGGGCAAUAAGCUUGUUAGAAAAAAGUCACUGAAGUUUUCUGAGCACAAAGUACAAGAGUAUUUUAAACAAGGUCUACCUGAAAGCUUAAUUAUAGAACAAAUUCUUCCUAACGUCUUAGAAGAAAGUAACAUUAAACUCCUUGGUGAAAGUUUAGAUUUUUUUACUGACAUACCAGAAAAAUACUUAUCGCUGAUUCUAAAUUUUAUUUUGUCUAGAGAUGAGGGAGAAUUUUCACCUAAAAAUAAAACUCUUGCUUUACAGAAUUUACCUGAAGAACUUCUUCCAUUAGAAAGGGUUGCUUUACUUGAUAAAUUAUUAAUUAGAAAGUACAGUGAUGUCCUCCUAUUGCCCUAUCUAAGAUCAGACUUACAUUUAGAACAAGCUAUUUGUCUUUUAAAAUAUAUCACUUACAUGCUUUCAGAAAAUGGUCAUAAUUUACCUAAACUUAAUGCUGUUAAAACUGAACAGCAAAUCAUAAAUUGGGCCUCCUUAAUAAUAGAUUCAAAUUAUCAAAAAUUUGUAUUAUCUAGAGACAGCAAUAUUGAAAAUAUUUUAGUGGAAUGUAAAAAUAGGGUUACAAGUUAUUUAGAUAUAGUCGAAGAACUAAAACAAAUAUCUCCAGCCCUUUAUAGAAUUAGUGAGGAAAUUAAGGGCAAAAACUGUAAUGUAGGAUUUAAUAAUAGUUUGUAUCUUGUUGAACAAGUAAGUUUUUAUUAAAUACACCAAAUUCCAGAAAUUAAUCUUUUAUUUGGCUCAACUUUUGUUUAGCUGAAAUCAGUUAUGUAACAACUCUGACAGUCAAAACACCCGAGAAACGUGUGGUUUCACUCUCUCACUUUAAACUUUUUUUUUUGGUACGGUAACUAAUGUUUAAAUUACAGUAUGCCGCCGUUGGGCGGCAUUUAUCUAUCAGGUUAAUGACAAAUUAAUCCCGUUUUGCACCGGCAUUUACAGAUAUGUGUGAUGGUUUAAACCUUUUUUAGUUUUUUCUUAAUUUUAAAACUAUGAAUUUCCGCAAGGAAUUUCUUGCCUGUUUACGUUUACAAGGAUGUUUAGAAUGUAAAACAGAAAGGUAUAUUUAUGACACAUUUAUUAACACUAUAUUUUAUUUCAAGAUGAAAAUAACAUUGCCGCAAAAAGUUUUUUGUGUAUUUGUUUAAAGUGUUUAGAAUGUAAAGCAGGAACAGAGCUGCAAGC